AUGGAUGAACCAAUCCGACCCAAAGUUGAGUCCCCGCCAGCCCCGGCAGGAAACUCCGCCGCCGAAGAGGAUAACGGUAUUUUCUACGCCCCAAUCCCAAGAGAUCGAGUCGUCCCCACAUCUACUUGGGACACAGAUGAUUAUACUCCUUCGCUGGUAUAUCCUCAAGGACCUAUUUUCGGACCUUAUGACCCCAAAACUAGUCCUAACUACCGUGAAGAACCCUCAUUGUCCGAUAUCCGUUGCAGGACAAUGAUCGACGAAAACAAGUUCGCAGACACCGAGGGUAAGUUUAACGGCGGUAUUAAAAAGGCUCUAAUAUGGGAUGGAACUUGUCAUCAUGUCUGCCCCACGUUGGAAGUUGAUGUCAGCACCAAGGCCAAGUUUAAAACGGAGUUUGACGAUGAUUCUCGCGUCCGCAUGAGUGACAUUCCUCCGUAUCCGGAAGGCCAGAGUGAUGGUCGAUGCUGGGCCAGGUUUGUGGAGAAUCAGGAUCGGCGAGCUCCUAUGAGCUUCCCAGAACCUGAGCAAGGGGAGAGGGCCCUUCAAACCAAGAUAGAAGGAGUCCAUGCAAUGGCGCUCGACGAAGAAGCUCACGCGCUCAAUCUAUCCUAUGCGCCCAAUCAUUUCCCCCGCCCUGGUGUGGAGGUGGGCAACCCUCCAGGGGCGAGCACGCGGGAAUCUCCAAAUCAUGAAACCUCAAGCCCCGAUCUUUCUAGAAUUCCGCAUCACGUCGAAUACCAGGGUGUGCACACAACUGGUGCGUCCGAGGCUCAAGAGAUUACGGACGAGAACACCGAUCUGAUGGAGAGAAUAGAUAUUGAUUCCGAACAACCCGUUCAUGAGGCCCCAGCAACCACCACUCUCCCGGAAUGCGCUCCACUCGGCAUUACCACCGAGGAUGUUGUGCGGAUGUUUAAUGAGACUCAGGCCUCUGGCUUAGGUUUAGGCUCUUUCGUCGGUCACCUUGGGGAUCUACGUGACCAGCAAAUAUCCUCCGCAGGAAAGGCCCAAGACUCCGCUACGACCAAGACUCAGGAGGGCGCCCCCGAUGCGACCAAGCCUGUUCAAUACCACUAUCCACAACCGAAAACCGCGGGCCGACGCAUUGCCCAGCCAAAGCCCACACCCAAAUCUACACCAGCUAGUGCUGGAGCCGCCCGCACGGGAAUACUCACCAACCGACGUCUCCGCCGGUCUGCAACUUCAGUGCUUGAUCUCUUUGAGAAAGAGACUCAAACCGGGAAGUAUGCCCCCGAAGGGGGCGUUCAGAUGGAUGCUGAUUAUGACAGCGUCGAAGAGCAAUCGGCCAAGAAGCACAAGCCUAACAAACGCCAGCGGAAGAGGGCCAAGGAGGCUGAAGAGACUGCCUCUGAGGCUGAACGUGUCUCUGAUGCUGCGCAGGCUGAGGCAGAUAUGCAGCCUUUGUGCAUGUACGCCUACGCCGGAAUCGCUCCUGGCGAGUCCUCCUCCGAACUGAGUACGCCAAGCAAAAGCACUGAGUCGCUCGUAGAUCUCAAGGAUGCUCCGACUAACACCAAGCCGACCUACAACCACCCUUCCCAGCGUCUCGUCAUCCAUGAGGCUGAUCUGGUUCCGGAUCUCGCGCUCUGCCGCGCCGGGGAAAGGAUCACUGAUGCUAGGGCUCGUCUCGGACUGCCACCAAGAGCGAAAAAGGAGAAGACACUCCCGCUCAGAGCGGAGUAG